AUGCAGAGGAGCGCCAGAGAAGCUAAAACGAUGAAAAGUCAGGUACUGUUUCCCUUCCUGGUGUCUUUGUUCUGCGGGGCCAUCUCCCAGCAGAUCCACUAUACGAUUCCGGAGGAGCUAGCCAAGGGCUCUCGGGUGGGGAACCUCGCCAAAGAUCUGGGGCUCAGCGUCCAGGAGUUGCCGGCUCGAAAACUGCGGGUUAGUGCAGAGAAUUAUUUCAACGUUAGCGCGGAGAGUGGAGAUUUGUUAGUGAGCGAUAGGAUAGAUCGAGAGAAGAUUUGCGGGAGGAAAUCAGAGUGUGCGCUAGACUUCGAAACUGUUGCUGAAAACCCAAUGAAUGUUUUCCACGUGAUUGUUGCAAUCCAAGAUAUUAAUGAUAAUGCACCACGUUUCACUGCAAAAGGCAUUGAUUUAGAAAUUUGUGAAUCAGCCUUACCGGGAGUAAAAUUCCCUCUGGAUUCUGCACAAGAUGCAGAUGUAGAAAGUAACUCAGUAAAGACAUACACCAUCAACCCCAAUAAGUACUUCUCUCUGUCAACAAAGGAAAGUCCUGAUGGAAGUAAAUACCCGGAAUUAAUGCUGGAAAAUCCUCUGGACAGGGAAUAUCAGAGCUACCAUCACUUAAUCCUGACCGCCACAGAUGGCGGGGACCCUCCUCUGAGUGGCACCACCCAGAUCAGGAUCCAAGUCACUGACGCCAAUGAUAACGCUCCCCUGUUCAGCCAGGACGUAUACAGAGUCAGCCUCCAAGAAAACGUGCCCUGGGGAACCUUUGUGCUGCGGGUGAUGGCAACAGACCAGGACGAGGGCAUUAAUGCAGAGAUCACCUAUGCCUUCCUCAAUUCCCCGACAAGUACCAGCCUCUUCUUCAAUCUCAAUCCAAAUACGGGGGACAUCACAACCAAUGGUACAUUGGACUUUGAAGAGACAAGUAAGUAUGUGUUGGGUGUGGAAGCCAAGGACGGAGGAGUGCACACGGCUCAUUGUAAUGUUCAGAUCGAAAUCGUUGAUGAGAAUGACAAUGCCCCAGAGGUGACAUUCAUGUCAUUUUCUAACCAGAUUCCAGAGGACUCAGACCUAGGAACUGUAAUAGCUCUCAUAAAAGUGCGAGACAAGGAUUCUGGACAAAAUGGUCUGGUGACGUGCUAUAUACAGGAAGAAGUCCCCUUCAAAUUAGAACCCACCUCCAGAAAUUAUUACAAGCUGGUGAUUGACAGGGCCCUAAACCGGGAGCAGAGCGAAUAUUACAACGUCACCAUCAUAGCCACCGACAGGGGCAAGCCAUCCCUUUCCUCCGGAACCAGCGUCACACUGUACAUCUCUGACGUCAAUGACAACGCACCCGUUUUCCUCCAGGCCUCCUACGUUGUCCACGUGGCAGAGAACAACCCGCCAGGAGCCUCCAUUGCUCAAGUCAGCGCCUCCGACCCGGAUUUGGGACCCAACGGCAGCGUUUCCUACUCCAUCGUGGCCAGCGACUUGGGGCCACAGGAGCUGUCCUACGUGUCGGUGAGCGCGCAGAGCGGGGUGGUGUUCGCGCAGCGCGCCUUCGACCACGAGCAGCUGCGCGCCUUCGAGCUGACGCUGCAGGCCCGCGACCAGGGCUCGCCCGCGCUCAGCGCCAACGUGAGCCUGCGCGUGUUGGUGGGCGACCGCAACGACAACGCGCCGCGGGUGCUGUACCCGGCGCUGGAGCCCGACGGCUCGGCGCUCUUCGAUAUGGUGCCGCGCGCCGCGGAGCCCGGCUACCUGGUCACCAAGGUGGUGGCGGUGGACGCAGACUCAGGACACAACGCCUGGCUGUCCUACCACGUCCUGCAGGCCAGCGAGCCCGGGCUCUUCAGCCUGGGGCUGCGCACGGGUGAGGUGCGCACGGCGCGUGCCUUGGGCGACAGGGACGCUGCCCGACAGCGCCUGCUGGUCGCCGUGCGUGAUGGUGGACAGCCGCCCCUGUCCGCCACCGCCACGCUACACUUGAUCUUCGCUGAUAGUCUGCAAGAGGUACUACCGGACCUCAGCGACCGCCCCGCGCCCUCUGACCCCCAGGCUGAGCUGCAGUUUUACCUGGUAGUGGCCUUGGCUUUGAUCUCCGUGCUCUUCCUCCUCGCGGUGACUCUGGCCAUUGCCCUGCGCCUGCGACGUUCUUCCGGUCCAGCCGCGUGGGGCUGCUUUCAGCCUGGGCUCAGCUCCAAGUCUGGCCCUGGGGUUCUUCCCAGUUACAGUGAGGGAACAUUGCCCUAUUCCUACAAUCUGUGCGUUGCCUCACAGUCAGCUAAGACAGAGUUCAAUUUUCUCAACGUGACUCCGGAAAUAGCUCCCCCUCAGGAUCUCCUGAGUGACGAUCCUUCUAUGGUUGUAUGCACCAGUAAUGAAGACCCCAAAAUAGCUUAUGACUCUUCCUUUUCCUCUCACGUGAGUUUCUGCAAACCUAUUUAA